UUUCCACUCUCAACACUUUAGUUUUAAAUUUUCUUUAAAAAGUGCUUAAACCCGUGCAAAAUUAUGGGUUUCGUCGAAGACGAAGUGGACGAGGUGUCCCGCUUGUGUUGCAAUGUACUACCCGACUCGAAGCUGGUCACCUGCAUGAGUACCCUGAUUCGUGUUGAUAUCUAUCAAACCGAAUCCCGCCAGCUGACGGCCUGUCUGCGGUUUCCCGUUGACUAUCCUCGCAACAAGCUAUUGAUGGAGUUCAAAAGCAAGACCAUGUCCCUUACGUUCCUGGAACGGUUCACGAAGAUAUGCGACGAAAAGGCACUGGAAUUUGGCGGUAAGCCACAGGUGAUGAAAAUGCUUAAGUUUGUAGAUGCAUAUCUUCGGGAAAAUCCUCUUUGCAUCGUGACGGAGGAAAUCUUCAACAUCAAAACGUUGCUGGCGGGGACGUACGGUGAGUUGAAAUUGCGACAGAAAACAUCCUGCGUUGGUCUGACGGCGAAGGGCGGUUCGCUCUACUUCAAGGCAAAAUUCCACGUUCCGGAACAAUACCCAGACCAGAGGAUUCAGUGGGAAGACUUUGAUUGCAACCUUCCCCCGCCGUUAUUCCGAUUCGUCGAUGGGCAAGCCAAGGAAAUUGCCCGUCAAUGCGUUGAACCACCGCUGAGGCAGCUGAAAAAUAAUCCGGUGUUCACACCGAAGCCGAGCUUGGAACGAACCCUUCGAUUCAUAGUUGAAGCAAUGAAGGGUUUCCCGCACGAACGGUGUCCCGUUUGCAAUGAGCAUUCGCUUCCGCAGGACUCGGCUGAUGUGAUACUUUCCGAAGAGGACGACAAGUACGUCAUUCGAAUGUUCUGCGGACACGUUUAUCAUCAGGAGUGUUUGAGGAAAUUCAUGAGUGAACCUCCGUUUCCACUGGGUGGCAAAAUUUGCCCGGCGACGAAGAAACAUCCCCGCUCGGAUAGGCGUGGCGGUGGUAAAAUGAAGGCCAGUGGCGGCACAGCUGGCAGUGAACUCUGCCAGCAAAGGGUAACGCACGACAAGUGGGGGUUGAAUGACGUCAAAUCGGCGGAAGCCAAAUGGGCCCACCAGCAGGCAAGGAUUCGCGAGCUGGAGGAAGUGAUAGAUUUUCUGCAGUAGUUGUUUUUGGUUUUCAUUCAUUCUAUAGAACAUAGGAAAGGAAAAAAAAACUGUGGCUCUCUGAUUUGUGAAGGAAGAAAUUCGGAAUUUAAAACUUAUCUUCUGUUUUGUUAGUCGCGUAGCGUACCUCUUGUUUGUAGAAACUGAUCAAAUUUAUACAUUUUGCCGACUGGGCAUCAUCCGGAUCGUAACCAAUCGCUAUUUAAAGCCACGUUGGAUAUCUUAAUAAGCAAUGCAUCGCUACUGUAACAUGUAACAUAAAUGUUGUACAAGGUAUAGAAGAGAAUAUAAACUGGAUAGGAAUUAAAUGUGGUCAAACAAAUUAUUACUUGAAAAUUUCCCACGGAGCUAAUCAUAAUCUAUUUUGCUUUAUUUUUUAAAAACUGAGAAAACAGAGAUUAGAACUUGUGCUAGGUAGGGUCUGUCUACAAAUGACGUCGUAUUUUAGGGAUGCCACGUCUGCAAAAGUUGUGAUUGUAAAGUCCUGUCGGAGGUUUUCUCAUAGAUACCGCUAAGGUACA